UCCCUUUGAAAUCCAUCAGCCUGAACCAGGAACUACGGAAAGGAUUCUUCCCCUCUUUCAAGUGGUGCACAAGGAUGGGAAAAAAGGAUGCGAGUACUUUCAAGUUGCCGGUGGAUCAGUACCGUAAACAGAUCGGAAAACAGGAUAACAAGAAAACCAAGCCAGCGCUGCGAGCCACUCGGCUGAAGGCAGAGGCGAAGAGAAGUGCCCCGGGAAUCAGGGACACCUUAUUGAUCAUUGUGACUGUUCUGAUCUUCCUGCUAGUUAUCUAUGCAUUAUUCUACCUCAACCUGAGCACCGAGCUAAACCUUGACUUAGACAUGGACUGAAGGAUUUUUUUCCUCAGAGGAUUCUGGAAGGAUUCUGCCUGUAUUCAUGGCAUACCAGCAGAUUCAUAGUAUUACACAUUUCAUAUCUCCUCUCGACUCUCUCUGUACCUGCGGAAGACAAGAAGAUGAAUCUUUAAGGCCAUCGCACUGUUGAAAAAAAACUGUUUAUUAAUGCAAUUAUCCUUGAAAACUUUCAAGAUUAUUAAUAAAGCUCAGCAUGCCCCGCAGCUCUGAAGAACUAUUUAUUUUUCCACUUUGAAUUUCUUUAAACAUUUUCUUCUCAUACUGUAGGACAGAUGGAUUAAAGGUCUCCUCAGACGAGCACUUUCAACAAGUUGGUAUGAUUUAUUUUGGUCUUCAUGAAAUGUCUGGAACAUAUUUUGCUUAAAAACACUAAAUGGCUGUGUAAACAAAACCCUUCUUGCCUCGUCAAAAACAGCUCUAUGCUCACAGCAACCCGUUUUGGUGCAUGUCUCUUUAAAUGAUAAUGAGUUACAGCGAACCCCACCCCCCUUUCGUCCAGCUUGUCAACAUAACACACGUGUAGUACUGCCACGGCAAUGAUUUAGUUAAAUGAUAUUUCCUGAAUUCCUCUGUGGUUAGUUUCAUCUUAAACGUCUCAAAUCAUUCGUCCGGAGACAAAAAAAUCAGUCACCGCAAACAGCGCUGAAGUUGUGCGUGUAUGCUUACCUAAAAUCCACGGAAUCCACUGCAGAUCUCAGCGGAAUCACAUGGAUUUUAGCGCUUGUCAUUGACAAGUUAUAACGUUACACACACAACAUGAGAGCUAGUUUGCUGUGACAGAUUUUUCAGCCUAAGCACGAAUGAUUUGAGACGUUUAAAACUAAGCUAACUGCAGUGUUCGCCCCUGUUCAUUAGCAAAACAAACAGCUUGCCGCAGCUAAACAUAUUAACGCACAUAAAGUAUUAACAUACAUACAGCUAAACUCCAAGUGUCCAUCUGCACUUAUAUACAGUAAGUUUAACACUGGCUUUGAAUGUUCUAUUUAGCCCAUGAAUGACUUAGCUCCCUUCACUAUCAUAUGCUAACGUUAUCCUCCUAUAUAUACGGUACAUUUACGUCAAUUCAGACUGUUGAUAAAUAUUACUUACAUCGGCAGUUUUGUCUCGUUCAGUUGGUCUCGAUCCCUCUUGAGAAACAACUUUGAAGCUAAUCCUGCUUGUACUGUCCCAGGUUGAUAAAGAACUCCGGUUUGAAGUGAUUCGCGCAAACAAGCAGGUUUUUACUUAUGGUUUCUGAGGGAUUUCCACUAAAAAAAAAAUAAAUCCACUCCUGUCUCUUCCUAGGUUUGGACUCUGUGCAACGACUACAUUGCAUGUUGUCCACGAACUUUAGCCAUGGCGUCACGUACACCGCUGUCGCUUGUGAAAACAACAAUGGCGGAGCGCGGUGGGUGGAACUGUGUAGAUUAAGGAGCGGUAACAUUAUCAUAAAAUCCGCUUUGGACGUCACAAUCGGAGCGAAAUCUGAACGGCUCGAUUUCUCACAUGCUUGCAGGGAAAGGCAAACCAAAACAAACUUACUGGGUUCUUAUUUUUCACGUUUUCGGUGUUGCUAGAUGCACCGGGGACCCGAUUAUAGCACUUAAAAAGUGGGGUUUUCAUCUGAUGUCUCCUUUAAUGUCAAUCAAAUUUGCCUGUUCAAUAUUUAUAACGGUGUUUUCCCCUUGCUGUUUGGGAAAAGUAUGUAAAUAUUUCAGUGUUUUCUCCCCCCUAAAAUUAGACUGACAAUGAGGUAUGUAACAUUCUGUAGCGUGAACAUCUCUGUGUGUGUGUUGUUACCCAAUCUGUCAUCGCAAAGCUCUUUAGCACAUCAAACAUCAUAAACUUUGGUUAUUGAAAGACAAAAGAGCUAGUAUGAAUGACAGAACAUUACCACAAAGACAUUGAAUUGCUCUUUCUUCUCAUUUGUGCCUGGGUCAGACAUACAGUAACAGAACGUAUUAUCAAUCCCUGUGAGAUAAUGUUACUGUUGGGUAGUGUGUAUCUUUUAAAGUAUUACGAGAAGAAAGCAUAGCCCUGCCUUGUUCUUUGACAGUGUUUCUCUUACACACUGGUGUGCUUCUGCAGAGAGCGGGCUGGAAAAUAAAGAUGAUUCAUUUACGUUCUCUUAGUAUAGCGCGUUGGAUCUCGAACAAACACGCAGUGACGACUUAUUUCAUUCCAGAUCGUGAGAGUUGUUUUUAUCUGUCUCUGCAUGAGGUAUAUGUCUCUAACUCAGGACAACUGCUUCGCUGCACAGCCCUUAUUUUCCUGGGACAUCUCACUGUUAUCAUUAAUUCAGGAUAGAUACCCUAUUGAACAAAACAUUUUUGUAGUCUGUCUUUGAUUUAAACUCAAACGCUUUCCAAGUCCUUUCAUAGCGAGACUGAUUCAACCAAAACAAAGAGUCUCAUGUUCCUCGUUGACUGUUAUGCUUGUUUCUCUUCUAUUCUUUCUUUCAUACUUGAGAUAAAAUAAUAAACGUUGUCAAAAUGUGUUAACACUGAUAAAAGGCUUAUUGUGUUAAUUUUCAAAUGAAUUGUAAAACAGUGUUGAACUUGUAAAUGAUAUCUGUUUCUGUGCCUUGUGGUGUUCAACAUGGUAAUGUCGAGCGCACAAUGCAAAAUUUAAACUUGAUAGUUUCU